GGACAGAUUGUGGACCCUGACGAAAGGCGUGCUGAAGAAAGCUGGGAGCCCGCGGUUUGCACACAAAGCUGCGGAGUUCCCAAGCGGCGGGCGUUGUUGCCCCGGGGUUCCGCGAAGCGCCAGGAAGCGCCCUGGGCUCACCUCUCUGCUGGUGGCCGGGAGAAGUUAGUCACCCGGAGCCCGAAUCCGGCGAGCGUCAAAGUACUAAGAGGCUGGAGAAUGGGGAGGGAGGAAACCGGGUGUCGGGACGGAGGGGAGGAAGCGAAGGGAACGCGGUGGGUAGGGGACGCAUGUGAAGCUGAAAAUCUCUGGCUGGUGGAGUUGGACGAUCUGCGAGGUCAGAGCGCACGGGUGUGCAAAGAGGAAAAACUUGCGGCAGGAACUUCCCACCGAGGGCGAGGAAAGCAGGAAAGAAGGAGGCAGGGAGAGACUUGAAACGUCUCAAUAACUUUAAAAACACACCAGAACACCCGUUCAGGAGAUGAGGAUGGCAUGCCGCUAUAAAUUCAUUGUUCCACCUCCUCGCAUCUUCACAGCGCUCGCGCUGCUCUCGGCGCUCGCAGCGGCCGACUGGGGAUGACGGCGGGCAGGAAGACACCGCAGCCGAAGGGACACAGACACGCCGCUUCACCAGCUCGCCUCAGGCUGCCCCCUGCAUUUUUGUUUUAAUUUUUAUGGCUUUUUCCCGUCUCUUUCUUCCCUUCCUCCUAGUCCCAGCAGAGCCAAGGAAACCCACAAAAUAAGAAAGGAAGUGGGCCCCGGAGCUUGGAACCUCCGCAGCCGGCUUGUCCAGCGCAGCGCGGGGGCGGGAGGCUGCGCGCACCAGUUGCCAACCCGGUGCGCGGUACCUUUCCUUACUUUUCUUGGAACAGCGAUCGUGCCUGCAUUUGGUGGUUUUUUGGUUUUUGUUUUUUUCCUUUUCCCUUAUUUGCUGAAUCUCCACUAUCCGACUUUUUUUUUUUCUUUAAUCUUUUUUUUUUUUUUUUUUUUUUCCUCCUCUUCUUUCUGGAGCACGAAUCCAAACAUUUUCCCAAGCAACAAAGAAAAGUUCGCACUCUGGCACCGCAGCCGGGACAGGCUGGCGCUGCUGCCGGGCCCCCCUCCCUCCGACACUUGACUCAAUCCUGCAAGCAAGUGUGUGUGUGUCCCCAUCCCCCGCCCCGUUAACUUCAUAGCAAAUAACAAAUACCCAUAAAGUCCCAGUCGCGCAGCCCCUCCCCGUGGGCAGCGCACUAUGCUGCUCGGGUGGGCGUCCCUGCUGCUGUGCGCGUUCCGCCUGCCGCUGGCCGCGGCCGGCCCCGCCGCAGCACCUGCCCAGGAUAAAGCCGGGCAGCCUGCGACUGCUGCAGCAGCCGCCCAGCCCCGCCGGCAGCAGGGGGAGGAGGUGCAGGAGCGGACCGAGCCUCUCGGCCACCCGCACCCCCUGGCGCAGCGGCGCAGGAGCAAGGGGCUCGUGCAGAACAUCGACCAACUCUACUCCGGCGGCGGCAAGGUGGGCUACCUCGUCUACGCGGGCGGCCGGAGGUUCCUCUUGGACCUGGAGCGAGAUGGUUCGGUGGGCACUGCUGGCUUCGUGCCCGCAGGAGGAGGGACGAGUGCGCCCUGGCGCCACCGGAGCCACUGCUUCUAUCGGGGCACAGUGGACGGCAGUCCCCGCUCUCUGGCUGUCUUUGACCUCUGUGGGGGUCUCGACGGCUUCUUCGCGGUCAAGCACGCGCGCUACACCCUGAAACCGCUACUGCGUGGACCCUGGGCGGAGGAGGAAACGGGGCGCGUGUACGGGGAUGGGUCUGCACGGAUCCUGCACGUCUACACCCGCGAGGGCUUCAGCUUCGAGACCCUGCAGCCUCGCGCCAGCUGCGAGACCCCCGCGUCAACACCGGAGCCCCAUGAGCGUCCUCCGGCGCACAGCAAUCCGGGCGGACGCGCAGCACUGGCCUCGCAGCUCUUGGACCAGUCCGCUGUCUCGCCCGCUGGGGGCCCAGGACCGCAGACGUGGUGGCGGCGGCGGCGCCGCUCCAUCUCCCGGGCCCGCCAGGUGGAGCUGCUUCUGGUGGCUGACGCGUCCAUGGCGCGGUUGUAUGGCCGGGGCCUGCAGCAUUACCUGCUGACCCUGGCCUCCAUCGCCAAUAGGCUGUACAGCCAUGCUAGCAUCGAGAACCACAUCCGCCUGGCCGUGGUGAAGGUGGUGGUGCUAGGCGACAAGGAUAAGAGCCUGGAGGUGAGCAAGAACGCGGCCACCACACUCAAGAACUUUUGCAAGUGGCAGCACCAACACAACCAGCUGGGAGAUGACCAUGAGGAGCACUACGACGCAGCCAUCCUGUUUACUCGGGAGGAUUUAUGUGGACAUCAUUCAUGUGACACCCUGGGAAUGGCAGACGUUGGGACCAUAUGUUCUCCAGAGCGCAGCUGUGCUGUGAUUGAAGACGAUGGCCUCCACGCAGCUUUCACUGUGGCUCACGAAAUCGGACAUCUACUUGGCCUCUCCCAUGACGAUUCCAAAUUCUGUGAAGAGACCUUUGGUUCCACAGAAGAUAAGCGCUUAAUGUCCUCCAUCCUUACCAGUAUUGAUGCGUCUAAGCCCUGGUCCAAAUGCACUUCAGCCACCAUCACAGAAUUCCUGGAUGAUGGCCAUGGUAACUGUUUGCUGGACCAACCACGAAAGCAGAUCCUGGGCCCCGAAGAACUCCCAGGACAGACCUAUGAUGCCACUCAGCAGUGUAACCUGACAUUCGGCCCCGAGUACUCCGUGUGUCCCGGCAUGGAUGUCUGCGCUCGCCUGUGGUGUGCCGUGGUCCGCCAGGGCCAGAUGGUCUGUCUUACCAAGAAACUGCCUGCUGUGGAAGGGACGCCUUGUGGAAAGGGGAGAAUCUGCCUGCAGGGCAAAUGUGUGGACAAAACCAAGAAAAAAUAUUAUUCAACAUCAAGCCAUGGCAACUGGGGGUCUUGGGGAUCCUGGGGCCAGUGUUCUCGCUCAUGUGGAGGAGGAGUGCAGUUUGCCUAUCGUCACUGUAAUAACCCUGCUCCCAGAAACAACGGACGCUACUGCACAGGGAAGAGAGCCAUCUACCGCUCCUGCAGUCUCAUGCCCUGCCCGCCCAAUGGUAAAUCAUUUCGUCAUGAACAGUGUGAGGAAAACGGCUAUCAGUCUGAUGCAAAAGGAGAAACUUUUGUGGAAUGGGUUCCCAAAUAUGCAGGCGUCCUGCCAGCGGAUGUGGUCACGACCUGCAGAGCCAAGGGCACUGGCUACAUGUGGUAUUUCUCCAAAGAACAAGUAAAUGUUUUAAAAGCUAUAUUUAAAAGGUGUAACCACUGUCAAGGAAGGCAAAGUGUGGACCUUAACUUUAAAGUGACCGACGGCACUGAAUGUAGGCCGUACAGCAAUUCUGUCUGCGUCCGGGGGAAGUGUGUGAGAACUGGCUGUGACAGCAUCAUCGGCUCAAAGCUGCAGUAUGACAAGUGCGGGGUAUGUGGAGGAGACAACUCCAGCUGUACAAAGAUUGUUGGAACCUUUAAUAAGAAAAGUAAGGGCUACACUGACGUGGUGAGGAUUCCUGAAGGGGCAACCCACAUAAAAGUUCGACAGUUCAAAGCCAAAGACCAGACUAGAUUCACUGCCUAUUUAGCCCUGAAAAAGAAAAAUGGUGAGUACCUUAUCAAUGGCAAGUACAUGAUCUCCACUUCAGAGACUAUCAUUGACAUCAAUGGAACAGUCAUGAACUAUAGUGGUUGGAGCCACAGGGACGACUUCCUGCAUGGCAUGGGCUACUCUGCCACGAAGGAAAUUCUAAUAGUGCAGAUCCUUGCAACAGAUCCCACGAAACCAUUAGAUGUCCGUUACAGCUUUUUUGUUCCCAAGAAGUCCACUCCAAAAGUAAACUCUGUCACUAGUCAUGGCAGCAAUAAAGUGGGAUCACACACUUCGCAGCUGCAGUGGGUCACGGGCCCAUGGCUCGCCUGCUCUAGGACCUGUGACACGGGUUGGCACACCAGGACGGUGCAGUGCCAGGAUGGAAACCGGAAGUUAGCGAAAGGAUGUCCUCUCUCCCAGAGGCCUUCUGCGUUUAAGCAAUGCUUGCUGAAGAAAUGUUAGCCUGUGGUUAUGAUCUUAUGCACAAAGAUAACUGGAGGAUUCAGCACUGAUGCUGUUGUGGUGAACAGGAGGUCUACCUAACUCACAGAAAGUCAUGCUUCAGUAGCAUUGUCAACAGGAGUCCAAUAAUGGGCAGAAUCUGCUCUCUGUGACCAAAAGAGGAUGUGCACUGCUUCACGUGACAGUGGUGACCUUGCAAUAUAGAAAAACUUGGGAGUUAUUGAACAUCCCCUGGGCUUACAAGAAAGAAACACUGAUGAAUGUAAAAUCAGGGGACAUUUGAAGAUGGCAGAACUGUCUCCCCCUUGUCACCUACCUCUUAUAGAAUGUCUUUAAUGGCAUCAUAAUCAUUUUCACCCAUAAUACACAGUAGCUUCUUUUUACUGUUUGUAAAUACAUUCUCCCUUAAUAUGUCACUUUAUAUCCCUUGGUUCUAUUAAAAUAUCCAUAUAUAUUUCUAUAAAAAAAGUGUUUGACCAAAGUAGGUCUGCAGCUAUUUCAACUUCCUUCAGUUUCCAGAAAGAGCUGUGGAUAUUUUACUGGAAAUUAAGAACUUGCUGCUGUUUUAAUAAGAUUUAGUAUAUUUUGACUACAGGAGAUAAAAUUUCAGUCAAAAAACCAUUUUGACAGCAAGUGUCUUCUGAGAAAUUUUGAAAAGUAAAUAGAUCUCAGUGUAUCUAGUCACUUAAACACAUACACGGGUUCGUUUACUUCAACCUUUGACUGCCUGUAUUUUUUUCAGGUAGCUAGCCAAAUUAAUGCAUAACUUCAGAUGUAGAAGUAGGGUUUGCCUGUGUGUGUGUGAUCAGUACUCAAGAGUCUGAAAACUAGUUUCCUUGUGUUGGAAACUUAAAAGGAAAAAAAUUGUAUUUCACUGUGUUUUCAAUUUGUAUUCUCACAAUUACUUUCUCUCUCCAGAGCUUUCAUCUGAUAUCUCACAAUGUAUAACAUACGUACAAAACACACAGCAAGUUUUCUAUCACGUCCAACACCUUCAACACUGGUAUACCUCUUACCAGCAAGCCUUUAAAAUGCAUUUGUGUUCGCUUAUUUGUUUUGUUCCAGGGUUCAGUAAGACCUACAAUGUUUUGUAUUUCUUGACGUAGUUUAUUAGAAACAUUAAAGAUCACUUGGUAGUUAGCCACAUUGAGAAGUGGUUAUCAUUGUUAAUGUGGUAAAUGCCAAAAAGUGGUUAAUAUGAAUAAGACUGUUUCCACAUCAUAGGCAAUGAUUUCUUAAUUUUAAAAACCUAAGUAUAUUCCUAUUGUACUAAAGAUUUUUCCCAACUGGAAAGCACUUGGUUGUACCUGUAAGUGUCUGAGUGAGGAAAUGUGAUGAUUUUCAGAAAGUUGUUGUUUUUGUUUCCAUAGCCUGUUUAGGUAGGUUGUAAGUUUGAAUAGUUAGACAUGGAAAUUAUUUUAUAAGCACACACCUAAAGGUAUCUUUUUAGAUGAUAAAAUGUACACCCCACCCCCAUUACCAACCUCACAGCUUAAAAAAUCUAAGUUGUUUCAUUUCACUGGGAUUUCUUUUGUUGUGAAACACUGCAAAACCAAUUUUUCUUCAUAAAAAUUUAUAGUAAUCAUGCCAAAUGUGCCUAUUGUUAAAGAGUUGCAUGUAAAAAUCUUACGGAACCAUUGUUUGAGUUAUACAAGCUCAUGAGAGUUUAUUUUUAUUAUAAGAUAUUUUUAAUAUAAAAGAAUUAUGUAACUGAUCACUAUGUCACAUCAUUUCAGUGGGCCAGGAAAAUAGAUGUCUCACUGUUUUUAGUAUUUUCUUAAGAAAUUGCUUUUAAAACAAAUAAUUGUUUUACAAAACCAAUUAUCAUCCUUUGAAUUUUCACAGACUGACUUUGCUUUAGAUGUAGCAAUUUUUUUUCUUAAUAAAUUAUCAGUUUGAGAAGUGAGGCCUGUAGAAGGCUGAUAACCUAUAUUUGAUGGAGAUCACCCAAUGCCAAGGGCAGAAAACAAACCUAGUCAAAUAGGCGAGAAAAAAAUAAUAAUCCUAGUGCCAUUUGUCUGUGCAAAGAGAAUUAGGAGA